UCCGUCGCCAUUCAGUGAGCCGAGUGGCAGUCGUGUGUGGUGGAUCGUUUUGUCGACACGCACCACCGAUUCGGAAGCCGGAACAGAAACGGCAGCACCAGCAUAAUGUUGGCAAUAGUGACGAGCGGUGUGGCGUUGCUGCUCUCGAUCGUGAUCUGGUGGACGGUGGCUAACUAUGGCAGUGCGCUCCGGUACGCCGGCAAACUUGGCGGACCCGUGGCGUACCCGCUGGUGGGCAAUGGGCUACUGUUUAUCAACAAAACUCCGGCCGAGUUCCUUCAACUGCUCGGGCGGCUGAUCGCACAGUACGGCAAAUGUUUGCGUGUUUGGCUCGGUACACAGCUGAUCGUGCUCGUAACCGAUCCGAAGGACAUUGAGGUCCUCCUGAGCAGUCCAAAGUACAUCGAUAAAUCCGGCGAGUAUGACUUUAUCCGACCAUGGCUGGGUGAAGGGCUGUUGAUAAGCCGGGGUCGCAAAUGGCAGGCAAGGCGGAAGAUAAUCACGCCAACGUUUCACUUCAAGAUUUUGGAACAGUUUAUCGAAAUAUUUGAUCAGCAGGGCAACACGUUCGUCGACAUUCUGCGAUUGUUUGCAAAAUCGGGCGAAACGUUCGAUGUGUUCCCGCUGGUUACGCUGUGCGCGCUGGACGUUAUUUGUGAGUCGGCGAUGGGAACCAAGGUGAAUGCACAGAUCAAUUCCGAGUCACAGUACGUGAAGGCGGUCAAGGAGAUUACCAACCUUAUACAGCUCCGCAUCUACGACUUUGUAAUAAGGUACGAGUUCUUCUUCCGCCUUUCGGCCAACCGGCGAAGGCAACGGAAAGCGCUAGCCAUCCUUCACGGGUACACGGAUAGCGUGAUACGGGCAAGACGGCAGGAGCUGAACACCAGCAAAUCUGACGAUCAAGCAAACGCGCACCACGAGGAUCCGGUAGGGCUGAAGAAGCGUAUGGCAUUCCUGGACAUGUUGCUGCAGGCGACGAUCGAUGGGCGACCGCUGACCGAUCUCGAGAUCCGGGAGGAGGUGGAUACGUUCAUGUUCGAGGGACACGAUACGACGACAUCGGCCAUCAGCUUCCUGUUGCUGAGUUUGGCGAAAAACCCCGACGUUCAGGAGCGUGUGUUUAACGAGGUGCGAAACGUGGUGGGUGAUGAUCGCAAGCAACCCGUAACGAUGGCGAUGCUGAACGAUAUGCACUACCUGGAGUUGGUGAUCAAGGAAACGCUCCGGCUUUACCCUUCAGUACCAAUGUUUGGAAGGAAAAUGUUGCAAAACACCGAAAUCAAUGGAAAAAUAUUCCCAGCCGGCAGUAACGUGAUAAUGUUCCCGUUCUUCCUUGGACGUGAUGCCGAUUUCUUCCCGAACCCUGAGAAAUUUGAUCCGGAGCGCUUUAACGUGGAAACGUCGGCAGAAAAGACGAACCCCUACCAGUACGUUCCGUUCAGUGCCGGACCAAGGAAUUGCAUUGGACAAAAGUUUGCCGUGGCAGAGCUGAAGAGUUUGGUGAGCAAAGUGUUGCGAAACUUUGAGAUACUCCCAUCGGAGGAACCGUUCGAGGAAACGUUUAUUGCGGAGCUUAUCUUGCGUCCGGAGCGGGGCGUUCCGAUACGUGUUAAGCCACGUGUAUAUGCCUUAGCAAUGGUCCUUUCCACGGUCGUGGCGCUGCUGGCACUAGCCGCAUUGGGUGCGAUCUACAUCUACCAACGGUUUGGUGAGAUGCUAAAGCACACCGGGAAAUUGGGAGGCCCACCAGCGUAUCCACUCAUCGGCAAUGGAUUACUGUUCCUAAACAAAUCACCCGCUGAAUUCCUAAGGAUCAUUGGUGCACUGCUGAAACAGUACGGUGAUUGUUUUCGCGUUUGGCUCGGUACUCAGCUGGCGAUCGUAGUGAUUGACCCAAAGGAUAUCGAGGUGUUGUUAAGCAGUCCCAAAUACAUCGACAAAUCCACUGAGUACGACUUUAUUCGGCCAUGGCUGGGAGAGGGAUUGCUCACGAGUCGUGGACGCAAAUGGCACACGCACCGGAAGGUGAUCACUCCGACGUUCCAUUUCAAGAUUUUGGAACAGUUUGUGGAGAUAUUCGAUCGUCAGAGUACCACCUUCAUCAAGGUGCUGCAACCGUUUGCCGAAUCGGGCAAAUCGUUCGACAUCUUCCCGCAGGUGACACUGUGCGCAUUGGAUGUAAUCUGCGAGUCAGCCAUGGGAACGAAAGUGAAUGCACAGCUCAAUUCCACCUCAGACUAUGUGCUAGCAGUGAAAGAGAUCACAAAUCUCAUACAGCUGAGAUUUUACGACUUUCUCAUAAGGUACGAGUUUUUCUUCCGCCUAUCCGCCAACAGUCGCAAGCAAAAGAAGGUGCUAAAGGUGCUGCACAACUACACGGACAGUGUGAUCAAGGGACGGCGUCAGCAGCUGGAAGCAAACGCUUCCGGCGGAUCGACGGAAGAGACGAGCGAUCAGGAUCUUGGCAUCAAGAAGCGUAUGGCCUUUCUCGACAUGCUUCUCCAAUCGACGGUCGAUGGUCGUCCGCUGACCGAUCUCGAGAUACGGGAGGAGGUGGAUACGUUCAUGUUCGAGGGACACGACACGACCACUUCCGCCAUCAGCUUCCUGUUGCUGAGUUUGGCGAAAAAUCCCGACAUUCAGCAGAAAGUGUUCGAGGAGGUGCGGGACAUCGUGGGGGAUGAUCGUACGCGCCCCGUGACGAUGGCGAUGCUGAACGACAUGAGCUAUCUGGAUUUGGUGAUCAAGGAAACGCUUCGGCUGUAUCCUUCGGUACCGAUGAUCGGAAGGAAAAUGCUUCAAACAACCGAAAUCAACGGUAAGAUCCUUCCAGCCGGUGCGAACUUGAUCAUCAUGCCGUUCUUCCUUGGACGUGACGCACGCUACUUCCCCGAUCCGGAACGAUUCGAUCCGGAGCGGUUUAAUGUGGAACGGUCAGCGGAAAAGGCAAACCCCUACCAGUACAUCCCGUUCAGCGCUGGGCCUAGGAAUUGCAUCGGACAGAAGUUCGCAGUGGCGGAGCUGAAGAGUCUGGUGAGCAAGGUGCUCCGCCAUUACGAGAUUCUGCCGUCGGCCGACAAGCGGGACGAAUCGUUCAUUGCGGAACUAAUAUUGCGGCCCGAGCACGGUGUGUUCGUUCACUUGAAGCCAAGAGUUUAUUAGGACUCGGAGACGGUGUAUGAUGGUGAUGAUGUGUUUUUAAUGGCCAUAUUUAUUGAAUUAAUGAAAAAACCAAAUUGUAAUAAUUGUACUGUGUUAUGACGCGAAGCAUGGAUAAAAAAGAAGGUUUGUUGCUUGUUGUCCCGUUGAAAUCUAAAUAAAGAAGUCUUUCCUAUACAUUA